CCCUGCAUUGGCGGACGGAUUCCCAACCACUGUGCCACCAGGGAAGUCCCUAGAGGCAUUUUCAAGGAAACUAUUCUAGUGGCCCAAGAAAGGGUAGGAAGGGGAGUUUAUUUCAGGAAAAUAAAUAAUAAUUAGAAAAAUUUCAGUUGGUUUCUCACAGAGCUUGGGAACUCUUGCUGUCAGCAUGCUUUCAUCGUAGAGGUAAACUUAGCUAUGGGGUGACAACUCUAACGUGGAUUAAGGGAAUGGUACAGCCUCAGAAUUUUGCCUCUGGUUUAAAGAGCCCAAGGAGCAAAGGUUCAGUGUGAAUUUACUCUUAAGUGGGCCUGAUGAGACUUGCCUUCACCUUGGACCUUCCUGGGCCUGCUGUGGUGCAGUUGGGCCAUUAGGGUUCCAGCAGAGCGGGCCUGGCCCGUCAGGACUGCCUUGGUUGUCGCUGGGCUCACCUCGUACUGCCCAGGAGAAUUGCUGGAACUAAGGGACACUUGCCAUCUCCAGCUACUCUGAGUGUCUGGGGGCCUCAUGGAGAGGCCAGGCUCCUUAAGGGGUCUCUGCAGCUGUUGGCACCAGUGUCCAUUCUGUCAGGGGUCCGUUGCUGUCUCUGAGCAUCUGAAAGCCUGUCUCAGGUUCUCAUAUGAUCAUGGCCAAAGGACCCAAAAAGUUACUUAAGGACACAUUUUUUUCAACCCACCUUUCUCUUCUCAGACUUAUGGUCAGACAUGAAUUAGCACUGACCUUAAUGACCAUUUCUGAAAAGCUUGCCAGGAAAGGGCUCACCACUCUGGUAAGAGGGACAGGAUAGGACAGGCGUCCCUGCCUACCCACAGAGUGGCCCUUGGUGAGGCCAGGCUAUAUUUACCCUCUGCGGGUCCCCAGGGCUUUGACUUGUCCAGUGAAAGGAAAGUCCAGCUGGCCUGGCAGCCACAUCACUCAUUAAUCUGCCUUCACCCAUGUGGACUGUGCUCCCUGCAAACAUACAAUCACUGGGCCGUCUUCAGACAGUUGUGGUGUAACUUCACCUAGGAGGGACAGAACAUCGCAGCUGGUUUACAUCUUGUAAACAAAACACCCUCAGAGGUUAAUUAAGCAAGGCACUCCCUCAAGCCCGGUGAAGCACGACUCAGUUUUUUUGUUGGGCAGCUCUUCUUCUGUUUCUGUGUUUUGAGGUUUCGUAGGACUUUGCCGAUGAGGUGGUGACAUGUAUAUAGGGGAGAAAGCCUGUCUGAAGUGGGCGAACUUCUGAUUUUUCAGCCACAUGUGUGCUGUGUUCCCAGGUUGGCCUUCUGUCUCCCUUCUUCUCUGCCUUUUUAGCACAUGAGGAUCACGGUGGGGGGAACCUCCCGCCGCUGCAGAGAUUCUGAUUUGAUGGCUCUGGGGCAGGGCCUGAAUAUUACAUUGGUAAUAUUUUUUUUCAGGUUCCUUGGUGAGUCUCAUGAACAGAUAGCUAAUACCAGAGUAUAGGAAAAUGUCCCUGUCUUAGUUCACACACCCCAAAAGUGGCACACUUGAAGCACAUGGUAGUUCUUUCCCAUCAUGAAUGUUUAUGUCCCAUAAAUAGGGAAUUGCCUAAAUUUUAUGAACAAUGACAGCUGUUGCCCUGGUAUGGCAUUUGAAGCUCUGCUCGUCUCUGCUUUCUCUCUGACUUCCAUCUUUGCAGGGGAGCGCUUGAGCGCUGGGAAGAGCACAGUUGUAGGGUCUGCUGGGGGCCUGUCCAAGCCCCAGGUGCUGUCCUCCAGAAAAACAGAAUGGGGAUGUGCUUGAGGCGCUCGAGACCUCGGCCUGCUGCCGCCGUCACCACUGGUGGGAAGGCUUCGUCUCCACCCAUUAAUGUGACGGCAUCAGGUGGACCGACAGCCCCCCCACCACCCCAUUUGUCAGGGGCCUGAGAGUGGGGAGACAUGGAGGAGCGUAAGAACGAGGCGACGAAUCGGGCUCACAUCCUCUUUGACCGGUUCGUGCAGGCCACCACUUGCAAGGGGACACUCAAGGCCUUCCAAGAGCUCUGCGACCACCUGGAACUGAAACCUAAGGACCACCGCUCCUUUUACCACAAGCUCAAGUCCAAGCUCAACUACUGGAGAGCCAAGGCCCUCUGGGCAAAGCUGGACAAGCGGGGCAGCCACAAAGACUACAAGAAGGGAAAGGCGUGCACUAACACUAAGUGUCUCAUCAUUGGAGCUGGCCCCUGCGGUCUCCGCACAGCCAUCGAUUUAUCCUUAUUGGGAGCUAAGGUGGUCGUGAUUGAGAAACGAGAUGCCUUCUCCCGCAACAAUGUCUUGCAUCUCUGGCCAUUCACCAUACACGAUCUGCGAGGCCUGGGUGCCAAGAAGUUUUACGGCAAGUUCUGUGCUGGAGCCAUCGACCACAUCAGUAUCCGUCAGCUUCAACUAAUACUUUUGAAAGUAGCAUUGAUCCUAGGCAUUGAAAUCCAUGUCAAUGUGGAAUUCCAAGGACUCGUGGAGCCUCCUGAGGACCAAGAAAAUGAACGGAUAGGUUGGCGGGCCCUGGUGCACCCCAAAACCCAUCCUGUAUCAGAGUAUGAGUUUGAAGUGAUCAUUGGAGGGGAUGGCCGCAGGAACACCUUGGAAGGAUUUCGUCGGAAAGAAUUUCGUGGCAAAUUGGCCAUUGCCAUUACAGCAAAUUUUAUUAACCGAAAUACAACAGCAGAAGCCAAAGUGGAAGAGAUCAGUGGUGUGGCUUUUAUAUUCAACCAAAAAUUUUUCCAGGAACUGAGGGAAGCCACAGGGAUCGAUUUGGAGAACAUCGUCUACUACAAGGAUGACACACACUAUUUUGUCAUGACAGCCAAAAAGCAGAGUUUACUGGACAAAGGGGUGAUACUGCAUGACUACGCCGACACGGAGCUCCUGCUGUCCCGGGAGAAUGUGGACCAGGAGGCCCUGCUGAGCUAUGCCCGGGAGGCGGCCGACUUCUCCACCCAGCAGCAGCUGCCCUCCCUGGACUUUGCCAUCAACCACUACGGGCAGCCCGACGUGGCCAUGUUCGACUUCACGUGCAUGUACGCCUCUGAGAACGCGGCCCUGGUGCGGGAGCACAGUGGCCACCAGCUGCUGGUGGCCCUGGUGGGGGAUAGCCUUCUGGAGCCUUUUUGGCCAAUGGGAACAGGAAUAGCCCGGGGCUUUCUAGCUGCUAUGGACUCGGCCUGGAUGGUGCGCAGUUGGUCUCUGGGAAGGAGCCCCUUGGAAGUCCUGGCAGAGAGGGAAAGCAUUUAUAGGUUGCUGCCUCAGACCACCCCCGAGAAUGUGAGCAAGAACUUCAGCCAGUACAGCAUAGACCCCGUCACCAGAUACCCCAACAUGAACGUCAACUUCCUCCGGCCAAGCCAGGUGCGCCAUCUGUAUGAUACUGGAGAAACAAAAGAUAUUCAUCUGGAGAUGGAGAACCUCGUGAAUUCCCGAACUACCCCCAAAUUGGCCCGCAAUGAGUCUGUGGCUCGUUCCAGCAAACUGCUGGGUUGGUGCCAGCGGCAGACAGAUGGCUACGCUGGGGUGAACGUGACGGACCUCACCAUGUCGUGGAAGAGCGGCCUGGCCCUGUGUGCCAUCAUCCACAGAUACCGCCCUGAUCUGAUAGAUUUUGAUUCUUUGGAUGAGCAGAAUGUGGAGAAGAAUAACCAGCUGGCCUUUGAUAUUGCUGAGAAGGAGCUGGGCAUUUCUCCCAUCAUGACAGGCAGAGAGAUGGCCUCGGUCGGGGAGCCGGACAAGCUGUCCAUGGUGAUGUACCUGAGCCAGUUCUACGAGAUGUUCAGGGACUCACUCCCCUCCCGAGGCGCCUUGGACCUGAACGCUGAGGAGAGGGCCGUCCUGGCCGCCAGCACGAAAUCCCCCGUCUCCUUCCUAAGCAAACUGGGGCAGACCAUUUCCCGGAAGCGCUCUCCCAAGGACAAGAAGGAAAAGGACUUGGACGGUGCUGGGAAGAGGAGAAAGACCAGCCAGUCGGAAGAGGAGGAUGCGCCCCGGGGCCACAGAGGAGGAAGGCCUGCGCUGGCCAGUACACCGAGCGACCGGAGGGUGGACGUGGCCCUGGGCAACCAGAACAAGGUGAAGUACAUGGCCACCCAGCUGCUGGCCAAGUUUGAGGAGAACGCACCCGCGCAGUCCACGGGCGUGAGGAGACAGCCAACACAAGAGCGUGGGCUCAGCCAGCCGUCCUGCUGCCUGCCUGAGCAGGGUCGCCCUGCUCCCGCCCCCCAGUGGAAACAGCGACAGGAAAAGGAACAUUCUCGGACCUGCCCCAAAAAAGUGAUCACACUGUCUCCUCCCCCUACUCCGCCUCCCUGUCGGGCACGUGGCGACCAGCAGAUGUACAGUGAUCUUGAUGCUGACAGCCGUGGCAAGCAGAGUCCCCACCACGAGAGGCCGGAGCCUGAGCCUCCUCGUCGAUUUUUUGCCGACCAGUGGGAGCUUUCUCUAAGCCUCCGCUCUGCCAGCCGCCCUGCGUCUCCCUCCUCUGACUCCCUCCGACAGAAGUAUAUAAAGAUGUACACGGGCGGAGUGAGCUCAUUGGCUGAGCAGAUAGCCAAUCAGCUUCAAAGGAAAGAACAGCCUAAAACCCUUCUAGACAAGAAGGAACUGGGCUCCAUGAAGAAGGAGUUCCCACAGAACUUGGGAGGCAGCGACACCUGCUACUUCUGCCGGAAGCGGGUCUACGUGAUGGAGCGGCUGAGCGCCGAGGGCAAGUUCUUCCACCGGAGCUGCUUCAAGUGCGAGUACUGCGCCACCACCCUGCGCCUCUCGGCCUACGCCUACGCCCUCGAGGACGGUAAAUUCUACUGCAAACCACACUACUGUUACCGGCUGUCCGGGCCUGUACAGAGGAAGAGACCAGCAGUGGCCCCUCUGUCUGGAAAGGAGGCCAGGGGACCCCUGCAGGACGGCCCCGCUGCAGACACCAAUGGACGGCCCAGCACCACUGCCAGCCCUGCCGAGAGAACUCCAGGCCCGAGCGUGAACGGCCUGGAGGAGCCCAGCGUCGCCAAGAGGCUGCGGGGCACCCCCGAGAGGAUCGAGCUGGAGAACUACCGCCUGUCGGUGCGGCAGGCGGAGGGGCUGGAGGAGGUGCCCGAGGAGACGCAGACCGAGCACAACCUGAGCAGCGUGCUGGACACGGGGACGGAGGAGGACGCGGCCAGCAGCAGUUCGGAGUCCGAGAUGGAGGAGGAGGAGCCCCCGCUGCCGCCCUCAGACCUGGGUGGUGUUCCCUGGAAGGAGGCCGUGAGGAUCCACGCUCUUCUGAAAGGAAAGAGUGAAGAGGAGCUCGAGGCGUCCAGGAGCUUCGUGGCUGGGGAGGAGGACGCGGAGGACGAGGAGGACGAGGAGGACGAGGAGGACGCGUCUAGUGAAGCUGGGAGCCCAAGGCUGCAGCAGCUCAUAAAUGCAGCGGAUCCCUUGGAGAUCCAGGCUGACGUGCACUGGACGCACAUUCGUGAGAACCGGGAGGAGCGAGUGUCAACGGCCUCCGAGUCCCCUCCUUCCAGAGGGCCCGACCUUCCCUCCGUUCGCCGUGCAGCAGUGCAGGCCUGGCUGGAGUCGGUCUCCGGAGUCCCGUUUGACGAGGACGACCAGGAGGAAGAUGUGGACUCAGAGCCAGCAGAGAUAGAAGGCGAGGCAGCGGAAAAUGGGGACACGGGGGACACUGGCGCAGAGCUGGAGGAUGGUCAGCACUGGUCGGACGACGUGCCAUCAGAGACCGACACGGAGCUGCAGCAGGUGGCGGCGGGAGUGGGGCUGGAGCUGCAGGUGUCUGAAGGCGAGGAGGAGCCACCACCGGCCUCGGCAAGGCGCCCAGAGAGAGGUCGCUCCCAAGUCUCCAGCCCCAGCCGGUCCCCUGAGGAGCACUCGGUCCUGUCCUCCCCAGCCCACAGCCCCAGGGCACAGGGUGCCCGAGCCCCGCUUGCCUCUGCAGCUGCCACGAGGGGAUUGCCCGCGGAGAGCCCUGUGCCAGAGCCAGAGCCAGAGCUCCCCCAUGGGGAGCCCACAGCUGGCACCCCUGUCCGAUCGCAGCCCGAAGCCAGGACACCGCCCUCGCCUGCAAGCCCACAGCGCCGGUCCCCCCUGGCCCCCCUCCCCAUCUGCUCCCAGCCUCAGCCUCAGCUGUCCGCCGAGGCCACCGUGCCGUCCCCCACCGUGUCCCCCAUCCGCUUCCAGCCUGUGCCGGCCAGAACCUCCACCCCCCUGGCCCCCCUCCCCGUGAAGAGCCAAGGGGUCACCAAGGACGCACUGGGUAGCCCCCUUCCUGGGGACGAGGCCCUGAAACGCAGCGACCUGGUGGCAGAGUUCUGGAUGAAGAGCGCAGAGAUACGCCGCAGCCUGGGGCUCACGCCCGUGCGACGGGGCCCUGGACCUGAGCCUGGGUUCCAGCCCGCACCCCUGCAGGCCUGUCCAGCUGAGAAGCUUCCCCAGGGCGAGGGACCCUGGCUUCUGAAACCCACACCUGUCCCCGGGAGGCUGGGGCCGCCCGCCGCCGUGGGGACCCAGCCCUCCCCGCCCACCCCAGGGUCCCCACCUGGCAGGGAGACGAAGGGCGCCCGGGCAGAGCACAGAGACCUGUCCAGCAGCUCGGGGCUGGGCCUGCAGGGCAGCUCCUCCCGCACCAGGACGCCCGGCAGCCAGAGCUUCAGCACCUCCGACUCCACCAUGCUCACACCCCCCUCCAGCCCACCGCCCCCGCCUCCCGACGAGGAGCCUGCCACCCUUCACGGGAAGCCGGCCCUGGCGGGGCAGCCCGCAGCCUCGGAGCCCCGAGCACCAGCCACGUGCGCGCGGACCCCGUGGGAACCCGUCCGGCCGCCUCCGGAGGAGGCACCAAAGCCAUUUGUGGAGAGCGUGGACGAGAUCCCCUUCGCUGACGAUGUAGAGGACACGUAUGACGACCGCACGGAGGACUCGAGUCUGCAGGAGCCCUUCUUCACGCCGCCCUCCCGCUGGCCCUGCCCCGAGCAGCCCCUGGCCCAGGAGAGCAGCUGGGGGCCCGAGAGUGGGGGCCCGCCGCAGAAGCGGGGGCUGCCGCUGGUCUCCGCCGAAGCCAAGGAGCUGGCGGCCGAGCGCAUGCGCGCCCGGGAGAAGUCGGUGCGGAGCCCGGCGCUGAGGGACGCCAUGGCCCGGCAGCUGAGCAGGAUGAAGGAGAUGGACACCGUGGCCACUGCCCCCAGGACCCCGGCGCCCCGCAGAGCCACCGCCGUGCCCCCCAAGGGCCCGGAGGAGCCCACCCCAACGCACAAGGCCACGAGUGAGGAGGUCCCAUCCCCUCCCUCAGACUCCGGGGGCCUGGACGGCUCGGUCACCUCGUCCGAGGGCUCCAGCGGGAAGAGCAAGAAGAGAUCGUCCCUCUUCUCCCCACGAAGAAACAAGAAAGAGAAGAAGCCCAAAGGUGAGGCCCGGCCCCCGGAGAGACCCAGCCCCAGCACCCUGGAGGAAGCAGCAGCCAAGCCCAGGUCCCUGUGGAAGUCCGUCUUCUCCGGGUAUAGGAAGGACAAGAAGAAGAAGGGCGAUGGCAGGUCCCGCCCCAGCACCCCUUCCAGCGGAGCCACCGUGGACGCCGGCAAGCCGGGGGCGUCUCCUGUCACGAGAGCAGAGCUGCGGCCCCGGCGCCAGCUGAGCUGCUCGGAGGACUCGGACGUCUCCAGUGACGAUGUCCUGGAGCGGACCUCCCAGAAGUCCAGGAGAGAGCCGAGGACUUACACGGAGGAGGAGCUGAACACCAAGCUGACCCGGCGUGUGCAGAAAGCAGCUCGGAGGCAGGCCAAGCAGGAGGAGCUGAAGCGGCUGCACCGCGCCCAGAUCAUCCAGCGGCAGCUGGAGCAAGUGGAGGAGAAGCAGCGCCAGCUGGAGGAGAGAGGUGUUGCCGUGGAGAAGGCGCUGCGUGGGGAAGCAGACUAUUGGGGAGAGUCUUAUUACACUGACCUCAUCGACUUGCGUCUGGGUGUUGAGCCCAGUGGCGGGACUCCACGGCGUAGACCUCUCUCCUUCUGCCCUUGCUGUGUCCAGGAAGGCAUGGGCAAGAAGGACGACCCCAAGCUGAUGCAGGAGUGGUUCAAGCUGGUGCAAGAGAAGAACGCCAUGGUGCGCUAUGAGUCAGAGCUGAUGAUCUUCGCCCGGGAGCUGGAGCUGGAGGACCGACAGAGCCGGCUGCAGCAGGAGCUCCGCGAGCGGAUGGCCAUGGAAGAUCACCUGAAGACAGAGGAGGAGCUGUCGGAGGAGAAGAGGAUCCUGAACGAGAUGCUGGAGGUGGUGGAGCAGAGAGACGCCCUGGUGGCCCUGCUGGAGGAGCAGCGGCUCCGGGAGAAGGAGGAAGACAGGGACCUAGAGGCUGCCAUGCUGUCCAAGGGCUUCAGCCUGAACUGGUCCUGAGCGCCGCCCGGCCCUGGCCGGUCUGUGCACCCGUCUGACCUGGGCUGGCUUCUCCCAGGCCCCCCAGAUCCGAGGUCUGAGUGGGCCUGGCACCUCCUGGGAGUUUGCACUCAGACCUCCUCGGGGCUCUGAGAAGCAGUCAAGCACCGAGCUGUGGGAGCCGCAGGUGAAGACGGUGGUCCAGUAGCUCAGGCUCCUCGAAGAGGCCUCCCUGUCCUCCUGCUUCGGAGACGGAGGAACGUGGACCCUGGGGGGGACGCCUGGUCGGUGGGACACGGCUCCUGUCUGGUCCCCAGGCCCAGGGAGCCGGCGCAGACUCCGUCCUGGGCUGAGGAGGCCCCCCCCACGUGCCCAGCGCCACACUCCAGGCCUCUCCCGGCUGUGGCCUGAGGCCCGAGGCUGCUGCAUCCACUUUCAAUUCACAACACUGGAGGAUACAGACUUCAAGGUCAGCAGGAGACCCUCUUCUGGCCCCGCCACAGGCCGGCCUCCUUGUCACGGGCUCCUCGCCCAGUUCCUGUGUCUGCCCCGAAUGAAGCUGACAGCCUGGGAGGCGCGGCCGCUUCGCACCCUCUUUGUCAAUUAACUUAUUUUUUUUAAUACUUGAAAAGAAGCAACUUCACUUUUAUAUCUUUACCAGGACACUGAUUGCCUGGCACCUGGGUAGGGGUGUGGAGGUGGGUCCCAGCUGAUUGCACUGUCACUCCAUGCAUUACUCUUUCAUCGUGGGGCUGACCUGAGCUCUCAGGUCAGCAAGACCCCCGUGUGGGCCCCGGCGUGCAGCGCCCGUCCUCCUGUGCCUGGCCCCGGGCGUCCGUGUGUACACCGCUAGCUUGUCAAGGAUGCGUUUGAGCUGCCGGAGGCCACGCCAUGAGGCACAGAUGCCUCUUGGCCUCCGUGUUGGAAUUCUGGCUCUGCAGAACCCAUUUUUCCUCCGUUUUGGUGCCGAAGUCUCACCUCCCACAGCACAUUUAUUAAAGAAAGUUUUAGGCUGGCUGCACCAGCGUGUGGGACCCUGCUCAGCGAGGCCCAGACCCAGCCAGCUGGAGCUACAGUGACGGCACUCUGCGGACUCCAGUUGGGGUCACACACACACACACACACACACACACACACACACACACGCACACACGAGCUCCGGCCCAGCUCCAGCCCAGCGCUUCUUCGUGGGGAGGCACCGGACGGGAAGCACCGUGGAGCCAGCUCGUGCCGUGGCUCAGCCAGAGGCCGGCAGUGUCCAGCCUGCAGAGCCACUGUUAGACUCUGCAGGGGCCGUGCUCUUCCACAGAGGAGCAAGGGCAGCGCCAGGCCAGUCCCGAGGCCCUCCAGCCGACUCCUGGUGGAGUGGGGCCGCGUGCAGGGAAGAGAGGCCUCGGCAGGACAGGGGGCGUCCACGCUGACCUUGGGACGUCCUUGGGGAACCACAUCGUGCCUCAACUUGAACAGAGUCAUUCUCACUGCAAAGGAGCAAAGAUCUGUCUUCUUCUUCAGUCUGUCCCAAAGCUGCCGUCUGGAAUCCAGGGCAUGUGCUGCCCCAGCCCUCGCAGCUCUGACCUUCACCUCUUGCUUGAUGAGGUAGGGCCUCCAUUUCUAUUCUCCUUUCUUAAAAGGGGGGGGGGCGGAGGGUGUUCUAGAUCCCAUCCUUAAGUCCCAGCCUUCCAAUAAAAUUGGGCUUGGGACAGGAGUCAUUGCCUGUGCGGCCUUUGCCUACCCUUCCCACCCACCGCCCCGGUGCACCGCAACUGCCAGGCCUGUCCCUCGAGCUUCUGCCCACCCAGGACAAGGACAAGUUUACAGAGUGGCCAGGAGGGACACGACGCCCGCCCCUGCGGAAGCACACUGUGCCUGCAGGAGCGAGGAUGGCCUGGAGGCUGCAGAGAAGCUCGGAAACGCUCGCCCACUCCCUGCCGCAGGGCCGCGGCCUCAGGUUCUAGCAGAGCACCUCUUCCGAAAGCUCCCGUCUUACAGCUGCCAGACUGCUGGUUGUCGGGCCCUGCUGACGGGCUGCAUGCCGUGUGUCCCAGCUCCAGAGAUGCGCUCAGCUCCUGUCAAGUCCCCCCGAAGGCAGGGCCGCAGGAAAUGCCACGGCGUGAGCAGGCCCAAGGCCAAGGCCCAUGCAGGGACAAGCGGGGUCAGCUCCAGCAGAGGCAGGGCAGCAGCGCACCUCGCCUCAGUCUGAGGUCACCAGCGGCUCCACCUGGGGGUCCGGUCCUGCUCAGAUGGCGUCUUCUGGCCUUUGCCCCGGGAGCCGUCCUCCAGCUGCUCUGACCAGCAAUGAUAGACUAUCCUCUGUCUUUUCAAAGAGCAGAAUGUUUUUCAGGGGGGCAGAAAGUGGAGAGAGUUUAAAGCAAACAAUUUUAAAGGUGGUAACAACUGAUCUACAAAGGGGAAUGGGCCAUUUUAUGCGCAAUAAAAGUUUUUAAAACGAGUACAG